GUCGGGUGUCGUAUGCCCUUAACUACAUUGUUGUGUGUACGUAAGUUUCACAUCCGCCAGAAGAUUAGCUGUAGGGUCAUACAUGUACAGGGAGAAACUGUUUGUACUGAGCUGUGUGUGACGCGAUCUCAACAGUUUUGUCAGUUCUUUUUUAUAGUUUACAUGUACCUUACAUAAUGGCAAACUCGUUCUGCAUGCAUGACAUUGUAUAGUGUUACACCGUGUUUACCGUCCGACAGGACUACACAAAGCGUUACCCACGCCGUCACUGCAAUGUCACCCAAUGAAGCGUUCAUUUUAUAGUUAUCGGUAUGGUUGUGUCACAUUGAACAGCAAAUGUUGCACCCCAAACGGGUCUUUUCCCCCUUGAGAACUGUAAACUCCUAGCCUCAUUGGGGAUAGUCGACGUAUACGUAGUUUCAUUGCAAUGGGCCGGAAAAGGGGAGCUCAUUUUAUCAGGAAACGUGCUUUCGACACAAUUACUAGUAAUUUAGCCACCGUGCAUCGAUUAUUUUCAAUCUGACACAUCUAAGUUUAUCCUUUGCAGGGUCCUGUUUUCCUAGACCUUUCAAGAUGUCGCUGAACUUCAUAAGUGGCCUGCUACAUCCGACGGACCCUGCCCGACUUCAUGCAGAGCUAUGGGUGGACUAUGCCGCCAAGGUCAUGUCCUGCUAUCUGCCCAUUGUAUUGGGGACUGUAGUGAUGGCGCGAGAUCUCUUUGGAUCAUCCAUACAAUGCUUCUACUUGAACCUUGCUGAUACUCAACUGACCAGAAAUGCAACAUCUGCAAAUGGUACUAAUGAUCUACCAAGAAUGGUAUUUGAUAACCUGGGUGCUUACAGUAGGCAACUUGCAGAAUUUGUCAAUGUUUACUGUGAGACAAAGGAAUAUUUCUCUGGGAAUUCCAUCUUCAGUUACCGCCUCUUUGCUUUGCUCCUUGGUAUACAGGCAGCCAUAUUGUACAUUCCAACUUUGGUUUGGAAUAUAACAACGGCCAGAAAGAUUAUCUGUAACUUACGCUUCAUAGUGCAUGACAUGGAGAUGCUUUACAAAUGUUUCAGGGGAGAAUGGCGUAUAGAGCGAGGUGAAUAUAAGCAAAAGGAACUAAGAGCCAUUUUGGAAGAGUGGUCUGAAAGAAACAGUUUACACAAAAAAUAUGUCUUCAAGCAAAUUGCCUCCAUGGCUAUUACAAUCUUGUUUUUCCUAUUGUUCUUCUAUUAUGAAUUUGUCAAUAUCGCACAGAUUUAUGGUGAAUUUCCAUGUGAUGUAAACAAGAAGUUCACAGUAGACUGCACGGUACCAUCAGCAUCCAUAUAUAGAUGUGUUUGGGGUUCAAAUAUGGCCCUUCUCUGUCUAAGCUUUGUAAUUAUGCUUUACAAUGCAUUUAUACAACUUUGUUUCAUUGAGGAUAGACCUUUCAAGAAGUUAGGCAUAAACCUAGAGCAUAAGAUCUCACCAAAUGAUUGUCACAUGAUGUAUGCAUUUUUCCAAGCCAAUGUUGAAGCUAUCGACAAAUUCAACUAUCUUAAAGUACUUGAUAAAUGUGGUAUAUUGCAAGAAACUACAGUCUGAGUGUGAUUUAACACAUACAUGGAAGUUAACACCUUUGUGAAAAUGUAUGUUUUUGCUAUGUGAUGAGAUCAAAUAUAAAAAAAGAUUGAAUCUGCAGCAGAAUCUUUAACAAUUCUCCUCCUCCUCUUGGGUUUUCUUCCUCAUGUUACUAUUGGAUAUAGCUUAUAGUAUGCCUUGCAUACAGAGUGCAUUGUACACUAUACAAAUAUCUAUUUGGUUUUCUGAGUGUAAUUGUACACAGUUACACUUUUUUGGUGUGGCACAUCGAGCACACAUAAUGUUGGAUACAGUUCCGACAUUCUAAAAUAACAAGUUAAUUGUAUACUAGGCACUCCUUUGUGCAUGAUGUACAGAAUAAGGAUUUCACACAAUUAAGAUGUACAAUAGUCAUGUAAGUCCAGAAUUAGAUUAAGAUAACCAGACUUAAGGACUGAAAUAUGUAUAGUCUAUUUUGGGAAACAUGACGACAUUAUAGUUUGAUGAAAGGCUUGUUUUACUAGCACUAAUAAUGGGCAUUUCCAUAUUUUUUUUCAAUUUUAUUAUUUCCGAGCUACAUACACGUGUAUGUAAGACAAACGUAACCUUACUAGUGUUAACCUUCUUUCUAUAUGAUUUUAUAAUGUAUACACCUCUUGAUAUUGAUAACAGUGAAUAAAAUGCUCUCAGAUUAUCAUGGUGAUGGCUGUCUUGUAUUAUUCUGUAAUGCACUAAGCCUAUCAAACUCAAUGAAAAUGGGUAAAAAUUUCACAAUUUGAUAAUUGGAAGCCACAUUUGGAAUAUUCAGCAACUAAUGUCUUGUUUAGAAUGUACAUAUGUACAUGGAAUAGUACAUUAUUCAAACACCUUGAUCUUGCUCUCUAUGGGUUUCUUACAUACAGGACAGCCUGCUAACUGUAGCAGACAUGUUUCACAGCUGUUAUAGUGUCCACAGGGCUGGAUAAGAUGGGACCUUCUCUUGGUGUGACAGACUGAACACACGUAACGCUGGUUCUGUAGAGGUGAGGGAGAGAAAUAAAAGUGUUAACUGUAACAGAAGACAAAUGGAAGACAAAUGUGGGGUUAUCUACCACAUAAGUUGCCAGGGAAACACUAACAGAGGCCCCCGUUGGGAAACUUAUAUCGGGGAAACUGAGUGCUCACUAAAAACCAGG